AAUCAUAUCGCACAUUAUUUUGCAUUUUAAUAUUUAUCCAUUAUAUAUAACAAACAUUUUGCUAACAUGUGUAUUUAGCAAUCAUUAAUCGGAAAUGUAUGUCUUUAGAAGAAGAAAAUGGCUUCUUACAUGCGAUACUCGUGCACACGUGGUUAUGGCAAAUUGAGAAUUCUAUUUACGUUUGUGCCAGUGUAUAUUACUCGUGACAAUCAUUUCGAAAUUAAUAUGAAUAAAUUAUCAUUAUAAAUAUAAAUUUCUUUCGUUAUUAUCACUUUUUAUAUAAAUUAUAUCCACAAUGGCGACAGUAACGGAAGAAGAAGGGAUUAAUGAGAAACAAGACGAUAAUGUUAAUGAAAUUGCACCGGAUAUGGAUCUUUGUAAAAAGUGUGGUAAUCAGUGUAAUCCGUACGCUAAGCCAGCUUUACGUUGCAAUGGUGAUUGCGCUGGAAAAAUUCAUAUCGAGUGCCUUCAAAGAGGAAGCGUUCCAGUAUCUUUUGUCGGAGAUGUCUUCUUUGAAUUACAUUGCACUGACUGCAGUCCGUUAGGCGAGGAAACAGUCAUAAGAGAUCGAAUGCCAUGGCUUAAUGUAAUUGUAUUAACUUUGUACAACUUAAGAGAAAAAUCCAGUGGAAUAAGUAAAAGGGGAUAUUUCCAUUGGAAGUCAGAUAUUAGUACUUUUGUAGAUCGUAAUUGGGAUCAUUUAUUUAAGAAAACUGUCAAAAGAAAAAAGAAUUGGAUUGGUACAAUUUCUGGAACACUGUCACAUUAUAGUGGGAUCUUUUUUAAAUCAGGAACAGUUGAAUUAGGAGAAUCUGGUUGGUGGAGACUAAUAGAUAAUGAUCCGCCAGAAGUUCUGAUUGCCAAAAACGGAAAGAUGAUAAUGGAUCGUAAAAAACAAAAUGGUAAUCAACAAAAGUCAUCGGUUAAAACAUACAUUAGUCCGACGCCGUCCGAAUCAAGUAUUUCAGUUGGAGAAGAUAGCAAUUACGGAACAGAAGCAGUCAAAAGUCAAGGGCCAUCAAUGUAUUCGCAAGCUUAUGUACAACCAACGGAAACAUUGUCUGACCUCUUAUUGGAGGAAGAUGAAUUAAAUGAUAUGGAUAUGGAAGAUGAUUUGAUCUUACGUGAUCAGCAGGACACUCUUUCUUUGUCAGAACUAUUGGCAGAUUGUCAAUAUCAAAAUUCUAAUUUUAAUUUUCCUCGACUGUUUGAUAAUUUUACAUCUGAAUGGUCUAACAAUACAGAGAUAACAGAAGAGUCAAUAAAUGAUAUCACUGAUAAUAAAAUUAAAAGAGAAGAAGAUCAAUAUGCAGAAGAAAGCAACGAUAGUAUUGUUCAAGAGCAACCACCUCCAGCUUCGUUAUUUCAAGCUACGAAACGAGAUAAAUGGCCUUGGCAAAAAUCGAUUGUUAAUAAUGAGAAGAUACCUCUUAUGACGCAUCAAGAAGAAGCAUAUCUCUUACAAAGAGUUAAUAAACGCUAUCUAUAUUCUGCUUUUCCUUCUGCAAGACGACUAUACAGAAAAUUAGUUGUUAGAAAAUUGAAAAGAGAAUAUGGUUUACCUUUGUUAGAUAUAGAUCAUUUUGGAUCUAAAGAAGUAUCUAAGAGACAUUUCAAGGAAUGCGAUAGAGUCCUAGAUAGAUUUUUUGGAGAUGACAUAGGAUAUGUUUUUGAACAAAGAUUACAAGGGUAUAAUGAAGCAACAUCUGUCGUUAGUCCAUAUACAAAUAGACUUUUAAAGCCAUUUAUAAGAAGAGAUACCUCUAGUCGACCAUUAUGGUUAACUGUGAUGGAAGAACUUUGUGCUAAAGUUAAUAAAAAUAAUUCAUCUUGGAAACCAUUGACAAGAGCACCAAUCGAUUAUUCUUAUAUUAGACCACAACACAUUCCAGCGAUCAACAGUCUCUGUAAUCAAUUCUUUUGGCCUGGUAUUGACUGUAAGCAUGUUUUUAUAUUUUUAUACUAUGAACUUUUCUUCUUUUAUAUAUAAAUUCAUUUCUUUUUUCUUUUCUUUUUUCUCUUCUUCUUUUCUUUCUUUUCUUUUUUUUUUGUUUUUUUUUUUUUCCUUUU